AUGUCCGCACCCCACGACGGCUACGGCCAACAGCCCUACACCGAUGAACCACAGCAGGGCUUCGAAGGCCAAUCCGAGGCGCCUCACGCUCAAGCAGCCGACCAUGCCAAGAAGAAGAAGCGAGGAUACGCCUCCCAGGCCUACGAGUUUGGCGCUGGCGCAAAUACCGGUGUAGCUGGCCAGGUCCCCGCCGCCGGCCCCCAGCAGUAUGGCAUGCCCUCCCAGCCUCAGACGCCAGCCUACGCCGCCGCCGGCUAUCCUGGACAGGAUCCCUCGCAGCUGCAGCAGCAGCAGCAGCAGCCCGGUGUUCCUCAGUACGGUGCUGGCGCUCCCGCCUACGGCGCCCCCCAGCCUCUUGCGCCCCAACCCGGCGCUCCUCAGCCCGCCGCCUACGGAUACCAGGCUCCCGAUGUUGGCUAUCCCGGCCCCGGCCAGGGCGCCCCCGCUCCCAAUGCGCCUGGCGUCGCCGGCAUCAACCAGCAGAUGGCCGGCAUGAACCUCGGGCCCGGCGGACAGCCUCAGCCCCAGCCCGCCCAGGCCGCCCGCCCCGUGGCUCUGAACCAGCUCUACCCCACCGACCUCCUGAACCAGCCCUUCAACGUCUCCGAGCUGGAUCUGCCGCCACCUCCCAUCAUCCUGCCCCCCAACUCGAGCGUCACACCUUCGCCUCACGCCAACUGCUCGCCUCAAUAUGUUCGCUCUACGCUGAACGCCGUCCCCACGACACACUCUCUUCUGAAGAAGUCGCGCCUUCCGUUCUCUCUCAUCAUCCAGCCGUACGGCGCACUUCACGAUGACGAGAGCCCCGUCAACAUUGUCCAGGACCAGAUCAUCGCGCGCUGCCGUCGUUGCAGGACCUAUAUCAACCCUUUCGUGACCUUCCUCGACCACGGCCACCGAUGGAGAUGCAACAUGUGCCAGCUCACCAACGACGUGCCCCAGGCCUUUGACUGGGACGCCGCGACGCAAAAGUCGACCGAUAGGUGGGGUCGUCACGAGCUCAAUUACUCGGUCGUUGAGUUUGUCGCUCCCCAGGAGUACAUGGUCCGCCCGCCUCAGCCCCUCGUGUACCUGUUCCUCUUCGACGUCAGCUACGCCUCCGUCUCUACCGGCCUCCUCGCCACCAGCGCGCGCACCAUUCUCGACAGCCUCAACAGGAUACCCAAUGCGGACCGCCGCACUCGUCUCGGCUUCAUCGCCGUCGACUCGAGCCUCAACUACUUCUCGAUCCCCAAGGACGAGGACGAGAACGGCGACACCAGCAUGCUCGUUGUCAGCGACCUCGACGAGCCCUUCCUGCCCGUGCCCACCGAUCUGCUCGUGCCCCUGACCGAGAGCCGCCAGAGCAUCGAGAACUUCCUGACGAAGCUCCCUGAGAUGUUCCAGAACAACCAGAACAACGGGUCUGCCCUGGGACCCGCCCUCAAAGCCGGCCACAAGCUCAUCUCUGCUCUGGGUGGUAAGAUUGUCGUGCUCACUGCGUCGCUUCCCAACCUCGGCGUCGGCAAGCUCGAGAUGCGCGAGGACAAGAAGGUUCUGGGCACGAGCAAGGAGAACGCGCUCCUGCAAACGUCCAACAGCUUCUACAAGAGCUUCGCCGUCGAGUGCUCGAAGAACCAGGUCUCGAUCGACAUGUUCCUCUUCUCCUCCCAGUACCAGGAUGUCGCGUCCCUCAGCAACCUGCCUCGCUACACUGGUGGCCAGACGUGGUUUUACCCCGGAUGGAACGCCGGCCGUCCCGAGGAUGCCAUCAAGUUUGCCUCGGAGCUCAGCGAUCACCUCUCGUCCGAGAUUGGCCUCGAGGCCGUGCUGCGUGUGCGUGCGACCACGGGUCUGCGCAUGAACGCUUUCUACGGCAACUUCUUCAACCGCAGCUCCGACCUGUGUGCCUUCCCGGCCUUCCCCCGUGAUCAGUGCUACGUCGUCGAGGUCGCCAUUGACGAGAACCUGACGAAGAACGUCAUCUGCCUUCAGACUGCCGUGCUGCACACGACGUGCAACGGCGAGCGCCGCAUCCGUGUCAUGACGCUGGCGCUGCCGACGACCACGAACCUGGCCGACGUCUACGCCUCUGCCGAUCAGCAGGCCAUCGCCACCUACUUCAGCCACAAGGCCGUCGAGCGCGCGCUCAGCGGCGGUCUCGAGGCGGCCCGCGACUCCCUGCAGCACAAGCUGAUUGAGCUUCUGCAGACGUUCAGGAAGGAGCUUGCCGGCGGCAGCAUGGGCGGCGGCCUCCAGUUCCCUUCGAACCUGCGCGGCCUGCCUAUACUGUUCCUCGGUCUCAUGAAGAACGUCGGUCUGCGCAAGUCUGCUCAGAUCCCGUCGGAUCUUCGUUCGGCGGCGCUCUGCCUGCUUUCGACGCUUCCCGUGCCUCUGUUGAUGCAGUACAUUUACCCGAGGCUCUACUCGCUCCACGACAUGCCGGACAAUGCCGGCACGCCGGACCCCGAGACGAGCCACAUUGUGCUCCCGCCGCCGGUCAACCUCUCGUCGGAGCGGUUCGCGCCGUAUGGUCUCUAUCUCAUUGACGACGGCCAGACGCAGUUCCUGUGGGUCGGGCGCGACACGGUGCCGCAGCUGCUCGCGGACGUGUUCGGCAUCGAGGACAGGACACAGCUGCGUGUUGGCAAGGGCUCGGUGCCGGAGCUUGACAACGACUUUAACGAGCGGGUACGUGCCGUCAUCUACAAGAGCCGCGACAACAAGGCCAAGGGCGUCGGCAGCAUCACGCUGCCGCACCUGUACGUUGUGCGCGAGGACGGCGAGCCCAGCCUCAAGCUGUGGGCGCAGACGCUGCUGGUGGAGGACCGGGCGGACCAGGGCAUGAGCGCGGCGCAAUGGCUCGGCAUCCUGCGGGAGAAGGUUAUGACGUAG